AGUGGAGGGCGGGAGUCGAGAACGGAAGUGGGAAAAAGCACACAACAACAUCAACAAAACCAAAAGAAAACAUGCAUGCGAGAUAAAAUUUUAUGGGUUUUUUUUUAGGUUCGCCGCGGUUAAAGCUUGGAAUCAAAACAGAUGAACGUUGUUUAUAUGUGAUAGCUUACAUAGAUAAUUGCAUGGAAAUGAGCGUAUUCUGCGUCUCGCAUUAGCUAAUUGGUAAUAACGUAACUAGCUAGUUGGCUAGCCAGGAUUGUUUAGGUUAUUUAGCAUUUUUUUGGACUGUUAUCUUGGCAGCUCUAGAGGCAAAAAUGGAAAGCCUGUACAAGCGUAAAGUGUUCGCGACAAUGCGAAAAAAUAAAGCCGAAGCGUCGAAGAAAAGGGCUGAAAUCGGUCUGCCAUCGUCUAUCCUCGAUGACAGUGACGAGGAGUCCUGCGCGAGCACGACCAGUAUCAGCGCAUCUGACUCAGAGAGUGAAUAUCGGAAUUCGGACAGUGGAAGCGAAAGCACAGCUGCCAGUGGGGAACAGAGCCCUGACAGCGAUGGCAGUAGCUCCAGUGAAGGUAGAUCCCGUCCUCGACGGAAGCGCGUCCUCGCUGACAGCUCCAGCGACUCUGACAGCGAUGUAGGAACCAAGCCUAAACGGAAAGUCGUUCCCAAAAAACGCAUAAAACAGCAAAGCCAAGAUUCUGAUUCAGAGGACGAGAGUGCUGCACAAAAGGCUAAAAAAGUUGCUGAAGCCAAAGAGACGGCAGCUAAAAGAAAGCAACGCCAGUCUAAACUCUUGGCGUUAUCUAAGGAGAUUAAGUCCCGCGUUCCGAAACGCAGGGGUACAUUAGAGGAUUCAGGUGACAGACCGAAGGAUAAAGAAGCUGAAGAUGCUACUGGUGGUGAUGAUGAUGAUGAUGAUGAUAAUGGGGAAGAUGAUGCCCCUGUCCCUGAAGCAUUGGUUGGCAGCAGUGAGGAAGAGGCAGCAGAUGACAGCGACAGUCUGAAGGAUUUCAUAGUUGAGGAUACGACGGGGGACAAGGAUAAAGAGAUGUCAGAUGAAAAGGCUGUAUCUCUUCCGCGCCAAUUCAUCACUGGGUCACAGCUCAAUCACUUUCAAGUUGUUGUCAAAGCCCUUAUGAUCAACGUCCUGGAUGAAUCUUUUCUGAAGUCUCUGUACAGCGGUGAUCGUACGAAGAGAUAUGCUCAGGAGAUGAAGGCGUCGCUGUUCCACUUCGAUGAGCGGACGAUCCUCCCUCGCCUGGAGAACCUGAAACAACGAAGCCGCUGGACCGACCGGUACAAGGAGCGGGUGGAAUGUUACCCCAGGGUCCGGCUGGUGAAAAUAGGGUUGGAUGGGAUGAGUGUUUGUGAGGCCUGCAAGCUCCAGAGACAAUGCAGCUUCAGUGUGCGUCUUUCAGGGCAACUGUACGACGUCAACAGCCUCAAAGAGGACCAGUUCAUGCCCGAUGACACACAGGCUUUCGAUGUGGGUUCCGUUUGUGCCAGACGAACAGAGGUUUAUCAUGUUCUGAAACACUUCAAGUACCAUUUGUUUCAACACUGCCGGACAGUGAUGGAAGAGGAGAAGACUGGAGAGGAGGAACCAGUGAAAGAAACAGUGAAAAAGGUGUUUGCAAAGCUGGAGGAGAGGGGCUGGAUCUCAGAGCAAUAUGAGAAGUUCCAGGAUCAUCUCAAUGAUGCAGACUAUUUCCAGGAGGAGAAGCUCGACUGAAGGAUUACAACAGAUGGGAUCAAAGAUCUGUAUCAAACAUCAUAUAACGGCCGUCAGUUUGAACAGUUUUGCUGUUUAUUCUGCAUAUUGUUAGAAAAUGUUUUUUUUCACAUUUUUCUUUUGUGGGCUUCUUCCAUUCAAUGUUAACAUUUAAGAUUGUAAUGAAAAAAAAAGCUUAUUUACAACAACAAAAAAAUUCCCUCUUGUUAGGAUCUAUUGCGCCUCUAUUAUAUCAACCAUUUUCUAUCAGUAAACUAUCAGAACUCCACACUUAGUGCAGAUGUAUGUUCUACUGUAUGUGCAAAGUUCUAAGAUGAGGCGGUAUGCCUUGCUACCGUUUUAAAUCGAAGAAAUGCUACUUGUGAUUAUUUUCUCUGUACUGUCCUGAUUACCUUUCCUACUUAGUUGAUGCAGUGUUAUCCUUCUAAUAGUCAAGAUAAUUCCUGACUGUGUCUUCUUCAAAAGAUGACCUAAAAAGACUAUAUAAACAUAAGAAUUGUUCUCUAUUGCAGAUGACAGUAUUCAGUAUGUGAAGAUGGUACAACUCUUGUGAGUUGAUGUAUUUCUAUCAAAAAUGCCUGUGACGCUUCAUAACACUAAAAAAUAAAAACUAUGUUGUCAA